AUGCUGUGGACAGAAAAGCAUGAUAUGUUGUUAUGCAGAGAAAUUAUAACAACUGAACCAUUUACCGAUAUAAAAAAGGGAACCACUCCGAGGAGUGCUAAGUGGGCGGCAAUUGCUGAAGCCCUUGUUGCUGUAAAGGAUAUCGAUGUCCCAUUUAGAGUAGACAAAAGGGCGGUAAGAGACAGGUAGCAUCACACAUUAUUUAAAGAAAAUUACCUCUAUAUCAUGCUCAAAAGUGAACAAAACAAAAAAAAACGAAACGCAAUUAAUAUAAUGAAAUGUACUUAACUUUAAAUGCCCUAGGUGUGCCACACAAAACCACUUUGCAUAGAUAGAUUGUUUCUAGCUAACCUGUGAGAGGAAUUUUUUGUGAAACUGAAAAAAUCCUUUACUUCUUGUUACAGAUAUAACCUCCUUGCAGAAAGGAUGAGAAUAAAAAUAAAAAAAAUGAAGAAAAGGCAAGUGGCAUUUCGCCCACAAGAUCAGAAGUAGAAGAGGCACUUGAAUAUCUCAUUGAGAAAGAGGAUGCUUCUGACGAAAUCCACAAAAACAACAUGAAUAGGAAAGAUGACAUGGCAGAGAGGGAAAAGGCAGAAGAGGUAAGGAAGGUGGCCAUGGAGAGUCUGGGGACCACAAAGAGAAGGAAAGAGGAUGAAAAAGAAAAUUCUGUGGACUGCAAACAACCACAAAGAAGACGCUCUGCCGGAAGUGAGACCGUGGCCUACCUGCGGGAAAAGGGCGAAAAAGAAAGACAGGGGAGGGCAGAAGAGAUUGAGCUAAGGAAGGCUCAGUUGGAGCUUGAACAAAAAAAACACAAUGAUGUUUUGCAAGUGUUGCAACAGCAACAACAGCAGCAACAACAACAACAACAACAAAUGCAAGCUUUUGCAAUGCUGUUCCAGCAACAACAGCAGGCUGAACUUUUCUUGAAACUUUUCGAGAAACUAGAAAAAAAA